UUGCCGUGCAGCCCGCGGGACCCCGGUAGUGAAGGCCGGGCUGCUGCGAACCCCGAGCGCGGCAGUUGGCGCGGCGGAGCCAUGGUCGGCCACCUGAGUGAGGGGGCCAUUGCGGCCAUAUUGCAGCAGGGAGAUACAUCCAUUCAACCCAUCCUGCAGGUCAUUAACAUCCGUCCCAUUACGACAGGGAAUAGCCCACCCCGUUAUCGACUGCUCAUGAGUGAUGGACUGAACACUCUGUCCUCUUUCAUGUUGGCAACACAGUUGAACCCUCUUGUUGAGGAAGAACGAUUGUCCAGCAACUGUAUUUGCCAGGUGAACCGAUUUAUUGUUAACACGCUGAAAGACGGAAGGAGAGUAGUUAUUUUGAUGGAGGUAGAAGUUCUGAAGUCAGCUGAAGCAGUUGGAGUGAAGAUCGGCAAUCCGGUGCCCUAUAAUGAAGGACAUGGGCAGCAGCAAGCACUUCCUCCUCCAGUCACAGCAGCCAGCGCCCCGGCCAGCAAGCCCCAGCAACAGAACGGGAGCACGGGGAUGGGUCCACCCGUAUCUAAGUCUUUUGGUGCCUCAAAGACAUUUGGAAAAUCUGGAGGUUCCAGUCUGUUGAACACUGCUGGGGGAACACAGUCCAAAGUGGUACCCAUUGCCAGCCUCACCCCUUACCAGUCCAAGUGGACUAUUUGUGCUCGUGUUACCAACAAAAGCCAGAUCCGCACCUGGAGCAACUCCAGAGGGGAAGGGAAGCUUUUCUCCAUAGAGCUGGUUGAUGAAAGUGGUGAAAUCAGAGCUACUGCUUUCAAUGAGCAGGUGGACAAGUUCUUUCCCCUUAUUGAAGUGAACAAGGUGUAUUAUUUCUCAAAAGGCACCCUGAAGAUAGCCAACAAACAAUUCACAGCUGUUAAAAACGACUAUGAGAUGACCUUCGUUAACGAGACGAGUGUGAUGCCCUGUGAAGACGGGCACCAUCUGCCCACGGUCCAGUUUGCUUUCACAGGGAUCGACGCCCUAGAGAAUAAGCCCAAGGACUCACUUGUAGACAUAAUUGGGAUCUGCAAGAGCUAUGAAGAUGCCACAAAAAUCACAGUGAAAUCUAACAACAGAGAAGUCGCUAAGAGAAAUAUCUAUCUGAUGGACACGUCGGGGAAGGUGGUGACUGCCACUCUGUGGGGAGAAGAUGCUGAUAGAUUUGAUGGCUCCAGACAGCCUGUGCUGGCUAUCAAAGGAGCCAGAGUUUCUGAUUUUGGUGGGCGGAGCCUGUCUGUCCUGUCUUCAAGCACUGUCAUGGUGAAUCCUGACAUCCCAGAGGCCUACAAGCUUCGUGGCUGGUUCGACUCAGAAGGACAAGCCUUGGAUGGUGUUUCCAUCUCUGACCUCAAGAGCGGGGGGAUGGGGGGCAGCAACACCAACUGGAAGACCUUAUACGAAGUUAAAUCGGAAAACCUGGGCCAAGGUGACAAGGCUGACUACUUUAGCUCUGUGGCAACCGUGGUGUAUCUUCGCAAAGAGAACUGUAUGUACCAGGCCUGCCCAACUCAGGACUGCAAUAAAAAAGUGAUAGAUCAGCAGAAUGGGUUGUACCGCUGCGAGAAGUGUGACAGCGAAUUUCCCAAUUUCAAGUACCGCAUGAUCCUGUCGGUAAAUAUUGCAGACUUUCAGGAGAAUCAGUGGGUGACUUGUUUCCAGGAGUCUGCUGAGGCCAUCCUUGGACAGAACACUGCUUACCUUGGGGAGCUGAAAGAGAAGAACGAGCAGGCCUUUGAAGAAGUUUUCCAGAAUGCCAACUUCCGCUCUUUCACAUUCAGAAUCAGGGUCAAACUAGAGACCUACAACGAUGAGUCUCGAAUUAAGGCCACGGUGAUGGACGUGAAGCCCGUGGACUACAGAGAGCACGCCAGGAGGCUGAUCAUGAACAUCAGGAGGAACGCGGCUAUGUGAGGAGAGAGCGCGGACCGGGCAGAAGGCAGAACACCAGGAAGUGAGACGGAGUUGACUGCCCCCACCCCCACCCCCACCCCCACCCCCACCCCCACCGCUCCACGUAUGCUUAGCCACACCGUGCCACGUGCUCUGUGGUGGUCUGAACAGUUUCCCUCCCAGGUGCCUCUUGGAACCCGUCAGUAGGCAAAGGCCGAGGCUCAGGCGGCUGCGGUGUGCGCUGAGAGACGCAGAGGUCAGCCUGCAGGUGGGGUGUGCCCGUCACCCCCUGGGUCUUCAGGAUGUUGUCAGUUGUGUUAAGAUUUCAUUAUCUCUACCAGGAAUUAUGUCGCAAGUAAUGGACCCUAAGUCUGUAGACAGUGAAAUAAAUUAUGUACCUGGGACUUUGCGUCUGCCACGGUGGCACCUGCUCCACCCGAGGUCCUUCUGAGGGAGCCUCGCAGUGCAGUGAUGUGUCUUCCUUCCCUAGGCCUCGGAGGCUCUGGCUGGAGCUGCCACAUGGCUGGGAAUGCUUGGAAUGGCAAUAGGGUAGAAUUAUUAAUCAAAGGCAUAUCUUUUAUAUCUGAAGAACAUGCUUCCUUCAGGGUUUAAUAGAUUAAUAGACUGAGUCAGAUGGGUCUGAUGUUCAUCAAAAUUGUCUCUUCUGAGGGCGGCUGAUAAGCAUUGACGUGCUGUCCCCUGGGGCUCCCAGGCAGCUACAAAGAGGGCUUGAGUGCCUGGCACGGUUUGGUUGGUGAACACAUACUUUCUGUACCUGUACAUAGUUCCUGCACGCGUGUGUUUCGUUUCUGGAUUAAAGCUUUGUUCAGCAGGAGGCUUUGUGAAGGGAGAAGCCCUUGGUUUCCCGGGCUUUGCUUUAAUAAACAGUAUAUUCUCUG